CCUUUGUCGUGAAAAGAACAUUAUUUUACUUUGAACAUAAAUAUUGAUAUCUUCAUAAGUAUUUAAAGCUAGGUAUAAAUAAAAAUAAUUGAAGUCAUCAACGAUGGCUUCCACAAGCUCCGAUAAUCAAUCCACAAUUGCGCAGAAAACAUGGGUAAUGGCCAACAGCAUCGAAUCGGUGUCCAGUGUUGACGAAAUAUACCGCUACGAUAAGAAGCAACAGCAAGACAUCCUUGCCGCUAAACCAUGGGAAAAAGAUCCACAUUUCUUCAAAGACAUCAGGAUCUCUGCAUUAGCUCUUUUGAAAAUGGUGAUGCACGCUCGCUCCGGCGGGACUCUAGAAGUUAUGGGGCUUUUAUUAGGCAAAGUAGAUGCAAAUACUAUGCUAGUGAUGGACUCAUUUGCUUUGCCUGUCGAGGGCACAGAGACUCGCGUCAACGCGCAGGCACAGGCUUACGAAUACAUGACAGCUUACAUAGAGGCAGCCAAACAGGUUGGCCGCCAUGAAAAUGCCAUUGGUUGGUACCACAGUCACCCUGGCUAUGGGUGCUGGCUGUCUGGCAUCGAUGUCUCCACACAGAUGCUCAAUCAGAACUUCCAAGAGCCAUUUGUGGCCAUUGUCAUUGAUCCCGUCAGAACUAUCUCGGCCGGCAAGGUCUGCCUUGGCGCUUUUAGGACAUAUCCAAAGGGUUACAAACCAGCUAAUGAAGAGCCCUCAGAAUACCAGACCAUCCCGCUCAACAAAAUUGAAGACUUUGGUGUCCACUGCAAACAAUACUACUCCCUGGAGGUGUCCUACUUCAAGUCUUCUCUAGACCGAAGACUGCUGGACUCUCUGUGGAACAAAUAUUGGGUCAACACACUCAGCAGCUCCAGUCUGAUUACCAAUGCUGACUACACAACGGGACAGAUAUUUGAUUUGUCCGACAAGUUGGAACAGAGUGAAGUGUGCUUAGGUCGCGGUGGCUUCAUAGUGCCCGGCGCAGACCCGCACGAGAAGCGUACGGAGGAUAAGCUCGGCAAGGCCACGAAGGACGCCUGCAAGACCACUAUCGAGGUCAUCCACGGGCUCAUGGCGCAGAUGAUCAAGGACCGCUUGUUCAAUGGCGUCAGUGGCCGUCCCGGACCUGCCACGCCCAUGAUUGAGGACUCCUAGUGUACCAUAUAAGAUACUUUAAUUAUAUUACUAUGUCACCAUGGAUUUUUUUUCCAAUAUACUACUAGGGAGAUUUCAUCACUGCUACACCAGGGGGCCUAACCAAGUGACAAUCGCUGAUAGAAGAUGCCAAUCGAAAGUGAAAUAAUGAAUGGAAAUGAUCACGUGACUUUUCGUUGUUUCUUUCAUCCCGAUACGUUUUUUUUUCUUUUCAAUUGGCGUUUGUCGAUGUACGAUUGUCAUAUUUCCCCUGCGCAGAAAUCAUAACAAAUUUUACGUUUUUUGUCUCUGCGUGCAAGAGGAUUGCAAACUUCUGAACGCGAGUAUUGUCAGGCGUUCAGAUAUUUAUGACAUCCCUUGACUGUCGUGAUGUAUGUUUCUCAUUGCGCCUGUACAUUAUUGAACACACAGUUGCAAAAGUGCAUACCAACUUUAUUAAUGGAAUUAAUUCAUAAAGUGGGUAAAUGUCUAGUGUCUGUAGUAUUGACAUUGGGGAUAU